AUGGCCGGUGGAGAAGGAGAAACGGGCAGGGAGCUCGACCAUACCCCUACAUGGGCUGUGUCGUUAACUUUCGUUAAGAGAAAGAAGCUGGCAUUGGUGGAUGCUCUGGAAAAAAUUAAAGCUGAACUUAUGAUUCUUGGAUUCAUUUCGUUGCUUCUAACAUUCGGACAAAACUACAUCACUCAAAUAUGCAUACCGGAUAAACUCUCAGACACAAUGUUGCCAUGCGAAUUUAAAGAAUAUCAUGAUGAUGAUGUGGACCUUGAUCAUCAUCACCGAAGACUCAUGACAUGGCACCAACGCCGAAUUUUGGCAGCUGAUAGCAUGCCUAAAGAUUGCCCAAAAGGGUAUGUGCCUCUUAUAUCGACUCACGGACUUCACCAGCUCCACAUUUUCAUAUUCUUCUUGGCUGUAUUUCACGUCUUUUAUGGUGCUGUAACAAUGAUGUUAGGGAGGUUAAAGAUUCGAGGAUGGAAGUAUUGGGAAAGACAAGCUAUACAAGAAAAUGAAGUAUCUAAUGAUCCUUCAAGAUUCAGACUAACACACGAGACAUCUUUUGUAAAAAGCCACACGAAUGCUUGGAUGCAAAAUCCUAUAUUGUUUUAUGUUGUUUGCUUUUUUCGACACAUGUUGUACUCGGUUCAAAAGCCCGACUACCUUACACUACGACAUGGAUUUGUCUCAGUCCAUUUGUCUUCUGGAAUGAAAUUCGACUUUCAAAAGUAUAUCAAAAGAUCGUUGGAAGACGAUUUCAAAGUAGUUGUGGGAAUCCCUCCCCAUCUCUGGAUGACAUCAUUGAUCUAUCUUCUCGUAAAUGUUAAAGGAGGCGAAAUCAUGUUUUUCCUAUCAAUAUUGCCUCUAGUGGUAAUCUUAGCAGUAGGCACAAAACUACAGUCGAUCAUAACUCAGAUGGCAAUUGAAAUCCAAGAAAAGCAUGCUGUGAUUCAAGGAAUUCCACUCGUCCAAGUCUCUGAUCGCCAUUUUUGGUUUAGCAAGCCAACUUUGGUCCUCCAUUUAAUCCACCUCACGCUCUUUCUGAACGCGUUCGAGAUAACGUACUUCAUUUGGAUAACGAUGGGAUCACACAUGAAAAAGUCCAUUUUUGACGAGCAAACUUCAAAGGCAUUGAUGAACUGGCACAACAAGGUGAAGAAAAAGACUGAUAGCCCCAAACCGCACGCAAGGAAGUUAGGAGGAAGCCCGAGAGAUUCACCUGAAAACUCUCCACAUGGAUUUAGUAAUGCAGGUGAGCCAUCAUCGGUUGUCGAGAUGGGUCAUAGGGAUCCUAUAUCCCAUAAAGAUAUGACCGAUAUAGACUUGUUAUCCUGAUGAAAAAUCUUGUUCUUGUUUAAAUUGUGGGUGUUUAAAAGAAAAAAGAAAAAUUGAUGCUUUGAGGCGAAGUUUGAACAAGAAUGUGUACCCAUAGAAAUAUAGGUUGUAGUUUUGAUUCUAUCUGAAUGCUUGAUCAUAUGAAUUCACGUUUUUGGGGCACAAAAUGGACAAG